AUGCCAGUUCGAAAAUCAACCCCUGGCGCGAAAGCAGCCCACAAACGUCAAUUGUCACAAGAAACUCCCUCGACAACCCCUGGGAGCAGGGUUUCGAAGAGGCUGAAGGAGUCUGUCGAGAAGGGUCGAGGUCGUGGCAAGGCGACGCCGACAAAAAGCCCGUACUUCCAGCAGCCGGACAGUGAGGAUGAGGAUGAGGAUGUCGACCCCACCGAGGACGAGGACGAUGUCGAUGAGUCGGGCUAUGAAGACCAAAGCGCGUCGGAAACAGAUCAUCCCACGACCGAGGAGUCGAACACAGAAGACGACUCCGCCUCCUCCUCUGGCGCGAAGAACAAAAGAAAACGAAAGCCGACGACGAAGGCCGCGGGUAAGCGUAGGGGUGGGAUCACGGGCGGCGUCCAGGCUGUGGCCAACGCCGUUUUGGAGAAAGGCAAAGAACUCUGGAGACCUGGAGUCAAGACGGGCUUGGGACCGGGCAAGCAGGUCUUCAUCGAGAAACCGAAACCCAGGGGGGAUGGAGGCAUCGCAUACGUCAAUGAGAAGAUCCAUCCGAACACCAUGGCCUUCUUGAAAGACCUGAAGGAGAAUAAUGACAGAGAAUGGCUGAAGAUCCACGACGUCGAUUACAGGGCUUCGUGGAAGGACUGGGAAGGCUUUGUGGAAGCCCUGACCGAGAAAAUCACAGAGAUUGACGAAACGAUCCCUGAGCUGCCGCCAAAGGAUCUGGUCUUCAGAAUCUAUCGAGACAUCCGAUUCUCCUCUGAUCCAACUCCUUACAAACCUCACUUCUCUGCAGCAUGGUCUCGAACUGGUCGUAAGGGACCUUAUGCAUGUUAUUACGUACAUAUUCAGCCCGGAGGCAAAAGUUUCGUUGGUUCUGGGUUGUGGAUGCCAGAGUCCCAACCGCUGGGCCUGCUGAGAGCGAAUAUCGACCGCAAACCGAAGAAACUGAGGAGGGUCCUCACAGAGGCUCAGUUGCGCAAAAACGUCUUGGGUGUCGCAUCGAACGACGAGAAGAAGGCCGUCAAGGCCUUUGCCGACCAGAACAAGGAAAAUGCACUGAAAACGAAACCGAAGGGCUACGAAGCAGACAACCCAAAUAUCGAACUCCUUCGGCUGCGCAAUUUCACCCUAGGAAAGAGACUCGCCGACGAACAGGUGGUAGGCGAGCACGGCCUGCCCACCAUCCUCGAGUUAAUUCGCGUCAUGGUACCAUUUGUGAGUCCACCUCUUUACCUCCUAUUCGUGCCCAUCGUUGCAAUUGCGGUUGUCUCCAGUGUCUCCAGGCUGCCACCUCGAUGA